GUUGCUGUAGUGGCCUCUUGGUACCUGCCAAGUACAUUCUUACACCAUCUUUUUCGUGAACUCAACGUCCUCUACACAAUCCCCCUGCAUAUUGGUUGCUUGCUUCCAACUUCCCGGGCUCGAAAUUUCUCCCUUAUACUUCCAUUUUUCCUUUUUAUUUUUCUUUCCCUGCGUUUUUUCUCUCCUCCUCACCACACUUGGGUUCCUCUCUCCCUCUCUCAUCUCAAUUGGUGUAGCACUCGAAAACACCAAAGCAAAUCAAUCGCCACCGCCUGGACCUGAGAUCCAUUGUACUAGGUAUUAUAGCAGUACCCAUCGCUGUUAGUCUUUCUGGCUCCUACAUGUCCGCUCCCCAUGGGCACAUGUCCAUCUGCGAAUGGAUCCCCCCAUCCCCUGUGAAUGCCCCAUGUUCGCUCAGUGCUCAUCCAUCCAUCGCAUGCAGAUCCGUUUCUUAGGCUAGGUUCACUCUCAUCAGCGGCACAGUGACGCAACAUCGAGACCACCACCAUCUCGAUUCGAUCCCCUCCGUUUCGCUUCUGCCGAUUCCCCCCAGCCACGCGCUUCGCUACUCCCGAGAAAACUCUCAAUUGGCUUCGCAGACCAUCGUUACAGCUUCCUACUCCUUUAUUACAGCUCCUUUCCCAGCUCUCCAGCUCUCCUGUUACUGUCCACCUUGAAGGUCUCUGCGCUAGCUCCACUGCUCAAUUCAACGCGACCAGACCCCUGGCCGAAGCCCAUCAGAUCAUCGCGUUCACUGUCUACCUUUCUUCCCCUCAGCGACUUACUCCUCACUUCUUGAAUUGAGGUAAACACGUCAAGAUGAGUGAAGGCGAGCAACAGACUCGCGAUAUCAAGAACCACCUUCUCUUUGAGAUUGCUACUGAGGUAGCUCAUCGAGUCGGUGGUAUCUACUCAGUUAUCAAAUCCAAGGCUCCUGUUACAACAGCUGAAUAUGGCGAUCGCUACACAUUGAUUGGUCCCCUUAACCAUCAAUCGGCCGCCGUUGAGGUCGAGGAGAUGGAACCCACCAGCCCGGAAAUCGCUGCUACCCUACAGUCCAUGAGAGAUCGAGGAGUUCACAUUGUUUAUGGCCGUUGGUUGAUUGAAGGGGCUCCCAGAGUUAUUCUAAUUGACACCAAGACCGCCUAUGGUCGCAUGGAUGAGUGGAAGGCUGAUUUGUGGGAAGCCGCGAGCAUUCCUUCACCACCUGGUGAUGAUGAGACCAACGAGGCCAUUGUGUUCGGUUAUCUGGUCGCCUGGUUCCUAGGAGAGUUCGUCUGCCAUGAGAAGAAGAGGGCUGUCAUUGCUCACUUUCACGAGUGGCUUGCUGGCGUUGCCCUGCCCCUCUGCAAGAAGCGCCGCAUCGAUGUGACGACGAUCUUUACCACGCACGCCACUCUUCUCGGCCGAUAUCUCUGCGCUGGCUCUGUGGAUUUCUACAACAACUUGCAAUGGUUCGAUGUCGAUGCUGAGGCUGGUAAGCGCGGUAUCUACCACCGAUACUGCAUCGAACGAGCAGCCGCGCAUGCAUGUGAUGUUUUCACCACCGUCUCUCACAUUACAGCGUUUGAGUCCGAGCAUCUGCUGAAGCGAAAGCCUGAUGGUGUUCUGCCCAAUGGUCUGAAUGUCACAAAGUUCUCGGCGGUUCAUGAAUUCCAAAACCUGCAUCAGCAGGCAAAGGAGAAGAUUCAUGACUUUGUUCGAGGGCACUUCUACGGUCACUACGACUUUGAUCCCGACAACACACUGUACCUCUUCACCGCCGGUCGUUACGAGUUCAGGAAUAAGGGUGUCGACAUGUUCAUUGAGUCCCUAGCACGAUUGAACCAUCGGCUCAAGGCCGCUGGUAGCAAGGUGACAGUUGUUGCUUUCAUUAUCAUGCCUGCUCAGACCACUUCGCUCACUGUGGAGGCGCUGAAGGGUCAAGCGGUUAUCAAGUCACUCCGAGAUACCACACACGUUAUUGAGCAAAGCAUCGGUCGUCGCAUCUUUGAGCGGUCUCUUAAGUGGCAUGAGGGUGACCCCAUGCCCGAUGAGAAGGAACUCAUCUCUGCUCAAGACCGAGUUCUACUUCGCCGUCGUCUCUUUGCCAUGAAGCGUCACGGACUUCCCCCAAUUGUCACCCAUAAUAUGCUCAACGAUCAUGAGGACCCUGUCCUGAACCAGAUUCGACGUGUACAACUUUUCAACCACCCCACCGACCGAGUCAAGGUAGUCUUCCACCCUGAGUUCCUCAACUCUGCCAAUCCUGUUCUUCCUCUCGAUUACGACGACUUUGUCCGAGGUUGUCAUCUGGGCGUCUUCUCUUCGUACUAUGAGCCUUGGGGCUAUACUCCCGCCGAAUGUACUGUCAUGGGCGUGCCCAGCAUUACCACUAACCUUUCAGGCUUUGGAUGCUACAUGGAAGAGCUUAUCGAGAACUCGAGCGACUAUGGUAUCUACAUUGUGGAUCGACGAACCAAGGGCGUUGACGAUUCCGUCAACCAGCUCACUUCGUUCAUGUACGACUUUUGCGGCAAGAGUCGCCGCCAGCGUAUCAACCAACGAAACCGCACGGAGCGUCUUAGCGACCUCCUCGACUGGAAGCGCAUGGGCAUGGAGUAUGUCAAGGCUCGUCAGCUAGCGCUACGCCGUGCCUACCCCAAUUCUUUCAGUGGCGACGAUGAGGAGGAGGACUUUAUACCUGGUGUCGAGCAAAAGAUUUCGCGACCCUUCUCUGUGCCCGGUUCGCCACGAGACCGCACUGGCAUGAUGACUCCCGGCGAUUUUGCCAGUCUUCAGGAAGGCCGUGAAGGCUUGAGCACUGAGGACUACGUUGCAUGGAAGCUUCCUGAGGAAGAGGACCCCGACGAGUACCCAUUCCCCCUCACUCUUCGAACGAAGCAGCCUGCCCCCCAUAGCCCUUCUGAUAACGUGCCUGUCAACGGAACCCAGUAGGACCGAUAUUCCAGACUCUUUCGGACAGGGCUUGGAGAAGAGGCUGAAGGGGAGGGGUUGUAUUUGAGUAGAUGGGCGGACUUUGAUUAAUUAUUGUUGUUUUUAUGGGAACGAGCAAGAGGUGGAAAGGAGCUUUCUCAUCAGGCAGAAGCUUGUAUGUCAUUACUGGUGUUGACACACAUCCGCAUUGUCGCAAUUUGCAUCCCGUGCUUUUCUAGUUAACCAGUUGCAUCCACUUGGGAAAUCUGUUUAUGAAGCUUCUGCAGCUAUUCCGGCCCUUGCUUGCCAUGAUGAAUCGAUCUAAAUAACUGAGUAACCUCAGACAUGCAGGUGCCUUAACCUGGCCUUGAGCUAUCCGAGCUCGCCAGGUAUGGUGCCAAAUAUAACAACAGCCCACUCUACUCUAAUGCCCACUAGGUUUUUAUCUUGAUUCAAAUAUGAAUCCCAAGUGUUCUUAUCUCCGGUAGCCUGUUGUCCUAAAGGGUACGCCUUUUCUUAGGAAUAAAUAGUUUAGCUUAAAUUGCGUUUAAUUUAGAGGAGUAUUGAGUCACCUAUAUUCAAAUCUUUGUCGACAGAAAGUCAGAGCC